ACCAUAGAGCACAGCCAUAAGAGGAGCGGCACACGGAAGUGAGCCCAAUCAUAGAAAACACCAUAGAGUUGAACCAAGGGAAGGCUUGGGUCGCGCGAGGGAAGGAGGAAAAAUGUCGGCUUCCUUGCUGAGGAGAGGGUUGGAGCUGCUGGAGACGACGGGAGCGACCAGUUCCUGCCCUAAGAAGGCAGCGACCGCCGCCGAACCUCGUCAGCAGCUGCGAAGGAGAAGGAAGAAGUUCUCGGCGUCCAAAAGAGACACCGCGACAAUCAAAGGCAGAGUCAUCAAAUCUGCGUUAGAUGAAUACAAGAAACAUCAAGCUAUUGAUCACUUUCAGGAGAACUUAGAGUACAUGACAAAUAGUCAGUACAUUACAGACAGCACCAUCACUCAAAAGGUUUUAGCCCAAAACAGAGGGAGGAAAGCUAAAGACCGCCCCAAAGAAGAGCCAACGAAGAAGCCCGAGGGCACUGUUUUCACUGAAGAAGACUUCCAACGAUUUGAAAAGGAAUACUUUGGUGGAGGUGGAGCAGUCUGACCAGAAAAAAAAUCCUGUACUUUAUUUAGAGCAGACUUUAAAAAGAAAGAUCCUUCCUUUCUGUAAAUGUUAUUUACUUAUAGGAAGCUACUUGCAGCUUAUUUACCCCAAAUUAAUUCAGCUAUCGUAUGCAAGAUAUUGCAAUCUGUUCUUCAUGUGAAGAAUCCAUCUCUGGUAUUCACCUGAAAACACAAUGUCCACCAGCUCUCCACUUUGAACAUUUAAUUGAGGUACUCCUGCUGUAUGGAACAAUGACUAGAUGAAAGCCUCCCUAUCUUGUAUUGACUUGAACUGUUGGCAUUUAGAUACAUUACAAAGAAAAUUACAUAGUGAGACAAUAAAAUGGUUUCUCUAUCGGCCCACAGCUUUUUGCUGCAACAAACCAAGACAGCUAUCUGGUUUAACAUGGAACUGUAGAUUAAGUUCACGACUGAGUACCUGUUUACCUCAUUUUUUAUAGUAUUAUCUUGUGACAUUUUUAUUUAAGGAAGUAAUGUACUACAGUACUGGCUAAACUACCUUCUGUCCUACAAAUACUGUUACAAAAAACCUGUAUUUUUAUAAUAUUACUUUUAAAUUUUCCUCUGCUUCUGAAGGUUUAUGUUGCUUCCUGCCAUUCUAUGUCCUUUCUAUAAUUUCAGCAUUAAGAUACUGUAAAUAAAAAGGAUUUCAGACUAUUUUUAU